CAUGGGUCCCAUGUUUCAGGCGGCAGUCCAAUGAACUUCCGCGUCGACCACAAUCCGAUGGGCUAUGCCCCUCGAUUUCCGAAUUCUGACAAAACAGACAAUCCAAAGCGCUUUCUAUUAAAGGAAAAACAAUUGAAAUUAAAAAAAAAAACUUCCUUUUGAAUCUAAUCCUUCCCGCGUAAAGUCACCGUUCAAUCGUUUCCGAUCUCCAUGUGGAUCUCCCCGUCGAAGGCGAUGAACGGAGAGAGAGCCGUGGUUCUCGUCUUCGUCUUCCGUAUUCUCUCCUCUCUCCCCUUCUCCCUCCUCCCCCACGCCCUCUCCCUCUCCCUCCUCUCCCUAUUCUCUCUCUUCGUCGAGAUCCGCGCUGACGACUCCCUCUUCCUCUUCAAAACCAGUAGGCCAGGUGCUUCAUCAGGAAUAAUGUUAGGAGCAAUUACGUUGCCAACUGUAAUGCUUUCGAAGUUGAUUCAGCUCUCAAGAGCUUUCUCUUUGCAACGAAUUGAGCUUGAUGAGCUUGAACAUAUGACAAUGCAAUUUUGGGCCACAUCAGCUUGUUGUUGCGGUGUGCUCAUAUUCCUCUCUAUAGUUAUGUGGUGUGCCGCCAACAAUAAGAAUCCCCAUUUCUCCUGUAGUGUUUGGGAUGCAAAGUUUAGCUUAAGCUGUGUCAUCUUAUAUUCCGUUGUUUGCUGUAUAUCGCUUGCUACAAUAUCUCAUACUGGCUUUAACACAGCUUUAAAGUUACUGUGGUUGCUAUGUCAUGGAUUUGCUGCAGUGAAAUUAAUUCAACAUCUUCUCAAUACGUUCCCAUGUUGUGCUUCAAUCGGGGAAGCACUUUUGGUGACUUCAGGUCUUGUACUCUAUUUUGGUGACAUGUUGGCAUGUACCAUUUCAAAGGUUAGGGCUGCUUUAUCACAUCCAAUACAGGCUGUCGUGACUGCAAAAUCCAGCAGAAUUAGCAUUUCAAUGUUAACGACAUUGUUUGAACAGGUCUGUAGACUCUUGAUUUCACCGGAGUUGGUAUCCAUACGAUAUGGAAUUAAAAGAAGUGAGAUAGGUAUUAUUAUUCAGGGCGUGCUGCUUGGACUUCUUAUUUUUUCAGCAGUUUUUAAAUUUGUUAUCUGCUUAUGGGAAUACUUCUGGGGAGCUGACAAGUCUGAAUCAAGACAAAACAAAGAAAUCGGGAGAUCUCUCAUAUUCUUUACUUCUCUUGGAUUUAUCAUGAUUGCGGUUGCCCCAUCUUGGAUGAUGAUCGUCCUAGAUUUUGAUGUACAUCCUCUGUUAUGGAUAUUCCUGUUUGUUUUUUCGGAACCAUUGAAAAGACUGUCAUUAUGUAUCUACUGGUUGGGUUUGAUAUUUGCUUCUGUAUUGCGGUUUUACAAUAUUUCUAAGAACAGUAAGAUUGAGAGGAUUCUUCUUCGAAAAUACUACCAUCUGCUGGCUGUUUUAAUGUUUCUGCCUGCUCUUAUUUACCAGCCAAAAUUUCUUGAUCUAGCAUUUGGUGCAGCUUUGGCAGUUUUCUUAGUAUUAGAAAUUAUUCGAGUUUGGAGAAUUUGGCCUUUAGGGAAACUUGUGCAUCAAUUUAUGAGUGCCUUUACAGAUCAUCGUGACUCGGAUCUUCUUAUUGUCAGCCACUUUUCACUCUUAUUGGGAUGUGCACUUCCUAUCUGGAUGUCCUCCGGGUUCAAUGAUCGGCCUCUUACCCCUUUUGCUGGAAUUUUAAGCCUUGGAAUUGGAGAUACGAUGGCAUCAAUGGUUGGCCACAAGUAUGGUGUCCUUAGGUGGAGCAAAACUGGCAAGAAAACUAUUGAAGGCACUGCAGCUGGUAUAACAUCUGUCCUUGCUGCUUGCUCUGUCCUGCUUCCACUUUUGGCAUCCACCGGAUAUAUUCUAACUCAGCACUGGUUCCCUCUUCUCAUAGCCGUAACCACAAGUGGUUUAUUGGAGGCCUACACAGCGCAACUUGAUAAUGCUUUUAUACCACUUGUCUUCUAUAGCCUUCUCUGUUUGUAAAUGCACAUUUCAACCUUCCAAAAAGGUAAGUAUACACGGAUAGUUAUAAACAAAUCCUUCUACAUGUGCUUCCAUUUAGCAUCUUGUUUCUUGAUAGAUGUUUCUAACCACCCUCAUGGAAUCCAAAGAGCCUGUUGUAUGCCAUACCAUUUGUAGUUUCAGAAUAAUCUAGAAUUUGGUGUAGGAUGAGCUUAGUCUUUAUAUUUUAUUAGGUGUUUUGAGCCAUCAGAAAGAGAUGAGUAGCAACAUGAAAAGAUUGGUUUGUAGAGAGUAAGGAUUGUUUUAUGUAGUUUAUUACAUCAUAAAUUGUCGCUGUAAUCAUUUGAAAAUUUCUUUCUAACAUUAAUCCUAGUAAUUCAUCGUUGGAUAACUUUGUUGGCAUCGACCAUUAUUGAAAAUUCUAGAAAGAGUGAUACUGCAAUUUCAUUCAUAACAUUUUUCAAGUUUCAUUUUCGUUAUUUCAUUUAUUAAAUGACUUUGAACCAACUUAUGUGUUUGUCUCCUGCCUUAUCAACCUUAAAGUACUCUUCUUUGGAUAAAUGAUGAAUUUGUUUCUAAUUAAAAGUAUACUUUAUACAAAUGAAUAAUGCCGGUCAACAUAACAACUAAGAGGACCCCACUUUCCCUUUUGGGGUAGGGGGGUUGAAAAAACUAUAGAAAAGUAAAUCCCAACAAAUUUGGUAUGGCACCCAAUGGUUGUUUGCAUGCCGCUUAUACAACAUGUUGGCUCUCUGUGGACCUAUUGCAGUAAUGUUCUUUGUUUCUCAUCGAUCAGAGAGAUGGGGUUUCAUUUCAUGUCGCCUCUACAAAUAUCUGACGAAUGAUGACAGCCUAGACCUGACCUGAAUCCCCCACCCUACUCAUCCAUCAAAUGUUUCUUUCAUGAAUGUUUUAAACUUUUUUCAUUUCCCCAACACAUCAAUAGUUAGAAGAGAUUUCAGUUUAAAAGAUUUAGAGUCCAAUUUUGACAGUUAAGUGAUAAAGGGUUUAUGAGUACUAGAAGGUUAAGCUUUUAAACUUGCAUUUUGAGUUUUGGAAUCCGGUAAAAAGUAAUAAAGUGGGUAAACAUCUGUGAAAUGGAUAGAUUGCUAUCGUUUGAGAUUGCUAAUAUAAACCGAUUACUAUAUCAAAUAAGAUGAGUUAUUAGAUUAAUGGGAACAAAUUAAAGGCGGUUGACUGACAAAAACAGCAACUAUAUUUGAAACAUAGGCGUGACUAGACAGAAGUUGUAAGGACCAAAGCCAUUGAAGGAAAAACAAUGUUUCAUGGUGAGUGGAAACUUGAAAGGCUCGAUUGAAAUCACCCACAUGUGCUGCUCUCCCCCAUUGGCUUCUAACUCUGUCCGUCCAACCCGUGUUCUUGUUUCUUUCUUUCUGGCUCUCAAACUUGUGCUCUAUAUACAUAAACCAAAGUCAUUAACAAUUUAACAUUCUAAAGUUAAGGUACGGAAUAAAUGGCUAAGCUCAAAACUGUUGCUGAGAAUUAAGCUAUGAGAAAUCGAAUUCAAACUUGUAUGGUCAAUCCACCAAUGUACCUGAAGACGUUAAGGGAGAGCACUUUGCCUUUAUUGCUAUAUAUUUGUAAAGAUGACCAGAAAAAAUUCAUUGUUCCAUUGAAUUAUCUGAACCACCCCACGUUUUUGAGGCUGUUGGAGCAAGCUUCUGGAGAGUAAAGAGUGCAGCCAAGGGAGCUUGAGAGGCUAUUGACUUAAGGGUAAGUUGCUCUGCUGUAAUCGAAGUGAGCUUGGAUUGAAACUUGAAAGUGAAACUCGUGAUGAGCUCGGUACAAUCAUUACAAAAGCUGAUUUCUUUCUAUUCCAAUUAUAGUUGCAGUACUUAAAAAGAAUGGACCAUUGCUCCCGAUAUGUUGCCAAUUUCUUAACAAGAUUAAUCGUACUUUAUACUUUGUAUCCAUACCCUGCCUGCCUUAUCAUUAUCCUUGAUGUGAAAAUAUGUUUUGUUUCAUUUUUCGGGGGUAUUCUUAACAUUAAUGGUGUAAUUAAAAACUCAACCGUUUUUUUCUUGGUAUUCUUAAGAAGUUGAAGUUUCAUUCAUGGCCUAAUUUAUCGUCAUUUCCAAGUUUUCUAACACGGAAACUCUUCAUGAAGUUGUAUAUUUCUCCUUUGGGUUCCGUUUUAACUCCCGAUUUCAUGUUAUCUUAACCAAUUCAGGGAAAGGUACUGCAGUUGUCCAAGCUGGGCAUAAUAUUUUCAUAAAAAUUAUUUCUUUCUAUUUCCAAUUACACAUAAAGUUGAUUUGGUAAUUCAACUAGUCAAGUGUUUGACUGCAGUUACCAGCAUAUUGUGAAGCAGGAAAAAAAGACAGGAAUCGGUUGAACCAGGAGUUGUUGUUUUGUGGUUUUGAAUAGGUCAAGACAAGGUAAAUGUUGUUUUGAGCUCAUCAAGCUGGCUUAUCCAUUCCCGGUAAAUGUUGUAGAGCCUCUUUGAUCACUCAUGUUUAUGAGCAAAAUUUCUUAUUUAACAGCACUUCACACUUCACACCUUUGAAACAAGUAGAAAGGACCAAACCAGUGACUAGGACCCCAAUUAAUAUUUAGUUGGUAGUCACACAGUACUGUGAAUACCCGGCAUCUCAAUCUUGGAAAAUCCAUUUGUUUGCUAACUAUUGAGUAUAUUGUUGCCUCUCCUGUAGGCCAAUAUGAAUAGUGGUUAUAUAAAUAUUGCUGUUGAGUGUUGAAUAGACUAGAAGCUAGCAGAUAAUGUUUGCUCACAGAAAUAUCUAGAACAGCAGGAAAGUUUGAUAUUGAAUCCUCGAUGGAGUCCGCCUCCCAUGUUAAAUAUGAAUAUGGUGAUGAUAUAUCAACUUUUGCACUUUUUCCUUCCAGCUCAUCUUUGUGUGGGAUCCCACCAAAAAAACUUUCAAUCCAAUCUGAAGAGACUAUAGAUGU